GAGGUUAUACAUUUUUAUAUUAUAAGCCGCGCGCAUGAACGAAAAAUCUGUAUCCUAGGUGUAGAAAAUUUUAUUCUCGGUUUGUAACACUGUAUAAGAAAAAGUUGUUAAUAAAGAAAUUGACAGUUCAGUUAUUAGAUUUUUAUAAGGUUAAACUUUGAUGAAUGAUUUAUUUUUAGGAAUAUUGUAGGAAGUAAGUAAAAUAAUCUAACGUCAAAUAUUUUGAGUAUGGUCUCGGCUCCAGUUUUUAAAAAUUAUUUUUUAAAUUAGUUGUUAAUGUAAGGAAAAGUACAAUAAAGGUUCAUUAUGACAAGUAAGAAAGGACAAACUUAUCGAAUCGAGGCCAAAAUUGACAAGAACAGAGACGAGGGGCACUGGAAAAGAGUUCUAGAUUUGGUGGAUCAACUAAAAACACUUUGUCCCAACAAUGAAAGACUAUCAAAUUUUCUAACUGGUGAAGCUAGAUUGGAGAUAUUCUUAGAGCAAACUCCUCCUGUAGAUGCUAAUAAUAUGAAAGCAAAAACUGGGUUGAUAGAAGCAAAGCGGUUUCUUUUACUAGCUGCUGAUGAGGACAAACAGUUACAAACUGCUCUGGAUGCACAUCUUCUGCUUGGUAAAUUAUGUUAUGCCAUGGGAAUGUACAGUCAAUCACUGUUUUAUUAUCAAGAAGCAGAAUUGCAUUCUCUUACAGAAACACAAUUGGGUAGUCGUAAUUUAUGUAUUGUGGCAGAGUCUUUUGCAAUAAAAGGCUUAUGUCUUGAGAAACUUCCACCUACCUCAAAAUCUAAGUAUAAAAUCGCUGAAAUGCAGAGUCAGAUAAUCAAAUGUUUUGAAGUUGCUGCAAAUAUAGCAUUAGUUUAUCUACAGGAGCAAGAUAAAAUAUUCAUACAGCAUCAAAAUGGAUCAUCAUCUCCUCAGUCUACCAUACAUACUCCAAAACAUAUGGGACCUAUUUUAGAAACUGCCAUACAAAGAGCACCUUUAAUAUAUUUACAAGCUGGAAACAUUCAAGCUGCUAUAGAUUAUUACAGAGAAAUUUUAAGUGCUCUUGAAACCACAGCAACAAAAGGUUUAAGAUUAUUGUUGACUCGGCAAUUAGGAGAAAUUUUAUUACGAGGCAUGAAGGGAAUUAAUUAUAAGGCUCCAGAAUUACUGGAGGCAAAUAUAGGAAAUCAAAAGGGCAUUACUGCAAUGGAAUCUCCAUGGAAACCCAAAAGAUACAAUGGAAUGAAUAUAUUUGUUCCAAAAAAUGAAUAUGAAGAAAUGAUUUUAUUAUUAUUAAUUAGUGAAGCAAUGGCAGCGAGAGAUGCUGUCCUUAGUCAAUCUCCAGAAUUUAAAGAGGAAAGAGUUCGUACAUUUGAAAAUGCUACAGCUGUAUACGAUUUACUUACUGUUGUUGUUGUUAGGUGGAGUCAAGUAGAACUUCUACAUGAGUCAUUUGAGAGGGCAAUGAAAUUUUCACGUGGUGAAGUACAUGUAUGGAUGCAGUAUGCUCUCUGUUUAAUUAGUUUAGAAAAAUAUGUACAUGCACAUUCUGUUUUACAAGUAGUUAUAAAACUUGCACCUCAAAAAGUUAUGCCAUGUCUUUUAAUAACUAGAUUAUGUUUUGAGCAUUUGAACAAGGUAGCUGAAGGAAUUGAAUGGAGUCAAAAAGCAUUGCAAAGAGAAAUAGCUAAUCCACAAGGUUUGCAAUCACGAUGUCAUCUUUAUAUUGGGAUUGGGAAUAGUAUAGUCUGUGCAAAUACAAUUGUUAAACAAGAUAAAGUACAACAUAGCUUAGUAGCUUUUGAGUCUUUUAGCAAGGCUCAACAAUCUGAUCCCAAUGAUCACUUGACCGAAUAUUAUUUAGCUCGUGAACAUGCUAUGAAUAGACAAAUCUCAGAAUCUAUGACUCACGUAAAGGUUGCUCUAAAUUUAAGAGCAGAACACAUUCCAUCUUUACAUUUAUUAGCAUUGUUACUUACAACACAAAAGCAAUAUACAGAAGCAUUACACUUACUUGAUAGUAUACUAGAAGAGUAUCCAAACAAUUUAAAUAUUUUAUAUGUAAAGGCAAAUUUACAAUUACAUAGUGUUGGUGGUGAAGAAGCUUUAGUGACAAUUAAACAUAUGCUUUUUUUAUGGAAAAACUUAUAUGAAGAUCAAACAAAGGCUGAUAUCAAUGAACAACAAAGUGAAAAACGUAGUGAAACAAGAAGUGUUUUUCAAAUACAUGCUUCAGAAUUAUCAGAUAAAGAUUCCAGUUCAGUUCAUGCUCAUUCUCUUGCUGCUUCAAGAAUUGAACAAGCUUUAUCUGAGGUUGCAUCUUCUCGUAAUUCCUUUGUUCCUAAACCUGGACCACAACGUGUUUGGUUGUUACAGGUACAAGUAUGGUUACUGUUAGCCGAAGUUUUCCUAGUCUUGAACCAUCCUAAAGAAUCAGCAUUGUCUAUACAAGAAGCAUUAAAUAUAGUUCCACUUAGUCAUCAUAUUUUGUAUACGCAAGGAUUAUUACACGAAUAUAAGCUGGAAUAUGAAGAAGCAAAACAAUGUUAUCAAAAUGCAAUUGCAAUACACCCUUCACAUGUAAAAAGUCUUCAAAAUUUAGGUUUAGUGUAUCAUUAUCUUGGUAGUCAAGGAUUAGCUGAGAAAACUUUACGAGAUGCUGCAAAAAUUGAUCCAAUGUCUUAUAAGACUUGGUAUAAUUUGGGAAUAGUUUUAGAAUCAUUAGGAGAAUAUGAAGCAGCUAGCGAUUGUAUGGAAACAGCUUUAGAAGUUGAAACCUGCUAUCCCAUUCUUCCAAUUUCAUCAAUACCACUCACAUUUGAAUAAAAUUUAUAUACAUUUAUAUUUAUAAUUCAAUUAAUCAAAAAAAAAAUAUAU